AUGGAUUUUGUACCAAAGAGUAUAGACCAGUCUGUGGGACCAAUGGCUAUACUUAUAGCAAAAGAUGCACUUUCUGUAAUGUAUACAGGGCAGGACCCACACCUGAGAGACUUUUCCGUCACAAACCAGAUGUGCAAAACUGAUGAGGAAAGGAGGAUGGAAGGUGCGCAGGACCUGUAUUUGGGACCUGUGUGGGGAGCAGACGCGUUCAGACGUCCCUGGGUCCCCGCUUUGGAGGUCUCCUCCGGAGUGAUCAGGAGGAAGGAGACAGACCUAGGGUUGCUCCUUCCUGGGGAGCGAGGCUAUAACUGGAGAGAUAUCCUUGUCCGGGCUCACAACGCCUCUCUGGAAGUCAAGAAAAAGAAAUGGAUCACCUUCUGUUCCUCGGAAUGGCCGGCCUUUGAGGUUGGCUGGCUGGGGGACAGGACUUUUAACGUUGAUGUCAUUCCGCAGAGCCAGAUUCUCCUGGCGGGUCUCAAAGGGGCAGGUAGAUGCCCCACCAAUUUGGCUAAGGUACGUGCUGUAGUACAAGGGUCAGAGGAAACUCCGGCAGGGUUUCUAGAGAGAUUAAUGGAGGGACACGGCAUGUAUACUCCCUUCGCCUCCCAGGCGCCUGACAGGCAGGCCGAGGUCAUAAUGUCCUUCAUUGGACAAUCGGCCCCCGACAUCUGCACUAAGCUACAGCGGCUGGAAGAGCUCCAGGGGUUUACCUUGCCAGACCUAGUAAAAGAAGCUGAAAAGAUUUUCAACAAAAGAGAGAUGCUGGAGGAGAAGGAGGAAAGGCUACACAGAGCAGGAGAACAGAGAGAGGACUUAAGAGACAGGAAGAAAAAUAAAGAAUUGUCUAGAAUCCUGGCCUCCACAGUCUCAGGGACAGAGCAGAAUAAGCCUAGGCAGAAUAGGAACCUGGGAAACAAGAGGAGGCCGCCACUGGAACAGGACCAAUGUGCCUAUUGCAAAGAAAAGGGACACUGGGCCAAGGAAUGUCCAGUCCGUGUCCAGAAGACAAAAACAUGCAAGCCUGUCCCGGUACUGUCCUUGGAAGAAGAUUAGGUGAGUCAGGGACAGGAGCCUCCCCCUGAGCCCCGGGUAACUCUUAAAGUGGGAGGCCAACCGGUGACGUUCCUGGUUGACACAGGGGCCCAACAUUCAGUCCUUACCCAGACCAAGGGGCCUCUGAGCUCCAAAACAUCAUGGGUCCAGGGGGCCACCGGGGGAAGAUUAUAUAAAUGGACUUCAGAGAGAGAGGUCCACUUAUCUACGGGAAAAGUUACUCAUUCAUUCUUGCUGGUACCGGACUGUCCAUACCCGCUGCUGGGAAGAGAUCUUCUCUCCAAGGUAGGAGCCCAAAUUCACUUCCAAGAAAAGGGAGUCUCCGUUAUAAACCCAAAGGGUCAGCCUCUCCAGGUACUGACCCUGAGAUGGGAGGAUGAGCACCGGCUACACGGAGCUCCUCCAAAAUCCCUCCGAAUGGACCCCAAAUGGCUUACCAACUACCCCUUGGCAUGGGCAGAAAUAGCAGGCAUGGGACUGGCCACCCAGCAGCCACCGCUGAGCCAGACCCUUUUUGCCUUUGAGUGGAAAGAUCCAGAGUCUGGAUUCUCGGGGCAGCUGACCUGGACCAGGCUACCACAGGGAUUCAAAAAUUCCCCCGCCUUGUUUGAUGAGGCUCUGCAUCAAGACCUGGCAGACUUCCGAGUUAACCAUCCAGAUCUGACCCUCCUUGAAUAUGUAGAUGAUCUCCUGGCAGCCAGAACAAGGAUCCCUCCAAGACUGCACCUGAUGAAAGCAGCUUCCUACAUCAGGGGGAAUGGAGGGCAAGCCUUGAAGACAGCCGAAGACACCUUCUCUGCGUGGGUGGAAGCUUUCCCUAAGGGGGUGGGGAAUGGCACAGGUGGUGGUCAAGAAGAUCUUAGAAGAGAUUUUUCCCCGUUUUGGCCUGCCCAAGCUGUGUACCAGUCCAAACCACCUAGUGUGCAGCAUCCCUUCCAGAUUGGAGACUCUGUCUACGUCCGCCGACAUCAGACUAAGACCCUGGAACCUCGCUGGAAGGGACCUUACACCGUGUUGCUGACCACCCCAACAGCCGUCAAGGUUGACGGAAUUGCUGCCUGGAUCCACGCCUCCCACAUCAAGUCGGCACCUGCUGAGGCCAAGGAGGACUCCAUGAAAAAGCUCUGA